AUGUCUUCAUCACCGUUAAUCAGUCAACUUGAAGAAAUGGGGUUUUCUAUACAGCAAGCUGAAUCAGCAGUUAAUAUUGGAAAAUCGAACAACCUUGAACAAGCAAUCGAUUGGAUUGUUGCACAUGGAGAAGAAACGACAAGUGAACAGCAACAACAACAACCAGUGUUAACAUUGAAUGAUUCUACCACAAACAAUGCAACAGCAUCGUCGACAACAACAGAACAAAAACCAGAAGCAAAUUCUUUAAAAUGCGAUGAAUGUGGUAAACUUUUAAAAGAUGCUGAUGCGGCAACGUUUCAUGCAACUAAAACAAAUCAUUCCAGUUUUUCCGAAUGUACAGAAACAGUCAAACCGUUGACAGAUGAAGAACGUGAAGAAAUGAAGAAAAAAUUAAGUGAACGCAUAAAAAUGCGGCGAGCUGAAAUUGCCAAACAAGAAGAAGAAAAAGAACUUGAUCGAGAAAGAAAACGGAUCAACGAUGGGAAAGAAUUGGGAAAGAUUAAAGCAAAAAAGGAAGAGGAUGAUAUGAAGAAAUUAGCUGCUGAACGUAAACGAGAAAAAGAAGAAGCAAGAUUGGCAAAAGAACGUGUUAUUGAACAAAUUGCUCGUGAUAGAGCUGAUAAAGCAGCCAAAGCAAAAGCCGAACAAAGUGGUAAUCUAGUUGAAGAAAAACCAAGACCAGAACAUUUUGCAACGCCACCAGUACAUAAGUCAUAUGAUGAGUGCACAAUUCAAAUUCGUUUACCAGAUGGAUCUUCGGUGCGUGAGAAUUUUAAAGUAACAGAUAAAUUUGAUAAGGUGCUUGAAUGGCUAAAAGAUAUUCGAAAAUCAUCAACAACACGUCCAUUUAUGUUAUUUCAAACUUUUCCAAAGAAAGAAUAUCAAGAUACAGAUAGAUACAAGACGCUAGAGGAUUUACAACUUGUACCGUCAUCGAGUUUACACUUAAAAGAAUUAACCCAAUUUCAAACGUGA